GAAUAGUGUCUACGUUCAAUUGUGCAUCCUCAAUUAUCAUUCUUUCUUCUUCUUUUCUUUUAUGCUUAAAAAAUAAGCUUUGUUUGAAGGUAGGAACUUCACUUCCUCACUCAACCGAGUCCAUUCACAGUUCCUUUGGCAAUGGCAACUCACAGACUCGCUUUGAUCAUCCAAAACCCUUCGAACGACGACGAGUUUUUGCUCGUGAAGCAGUCGCGUCCUCCCAAAUUCCACGAUGAAGAAUACGACUCUUUCGUCGAUUCUGAUCUCUGGGACUUGCCCUCGGCGCAGUUGAACCCGCUGCUUGCAGAAUCAGAGCCACCGGUUGAGUUGGAACUUGCGGUCUCGCAUUCGGAAUCCCAGGACGUCGAUUUGAGGAAAUUCGACAUCCGUUCGGCUCUCAACGAGGUGUUUGGACAAUUAGGGUUUGGGGCGGUUGACGGAGGAGGUUGGAAGUUCCAUAAGUAUGUGAAGGAAGCUGCCUUUGGACCCGAUUUACCCGUCAACACUGUCUUCAUUGUUGGAAAAUUGGUAGCAGCUGAGGACAAGGACUUUAGAGAUUCAUAUAGAUGGAAAUCUGUCCGAAGUUGUCUUAACUGGAUUCUGGAAGUGAAACCACAUGGAGAUCGGGUUGGACCAUUGGUAGUUAUUGGUCUUAUAAACGAAUCAUCUAUCUCUACAAAAUGGAAAGUCCCUCCUGCCAUAAACUAUCAGGAGUACCCGCCUGGUAAUAUAAUUAUACCUAUGGGAAGUAGGACAUUAAGGCCUUUUCACACAACAAAUUUGGUGGUGUUUGCACCUGAAAAUGUUUCAAAUGAUUCAGGGGAAAACAAUUUUAUUGUACGUGGAGAUGCACUAAUAGUUGAUCCAGGAUGCCUAUCAGAAUUCUAUGGAGAGCUAGAGAAAAUUGUUACUGCUUUGCCAAGACGACUAGUGAUCUUUGUCACUCAUCAUCAUCCUGAUCAUGUAGAUGGUCUCUCAGUUAUCCAGAAGUGCAAUCCUGACGCUACUUUGCUUGCACAUGAAAAGACCAUGCAUCGUAUAAGCAGAGAUGUUUGGUCACUUGGCUAUACCCCAGUUACGGGAGAUGAAGACAUUGACAUUGGUGGUCAGAGAUUGAGAGUUAUUUUUGCACCGGGACAUACAGAUGGUCAUAUGGCACUGCUUCAUGCAAAUACUCAUUCCUUGAUAGUAGGUGAUCACUGUGUGGGUCAGGGAAGUGCCACCUUGGACAUAAAAGCUGGUGGAAAUAUGUCUGAAUACUUCCAAACCACGUACAAAUUUUUGGAGCUUUCACCACAUGCUUUAAUACCAAUGCAUGGGAGAGUUAAUGUCUGGCCAAAGCAGAUGCUGUGUGGAUACCUAAAGAAUCGUAGGAGUAGAGAAGCUAAUAUUGUGAAGGCAAUUGAAGGUGGAGCAAAAUCUUUGUUUGACAUUAUAGUAUAUGUAUAUUCUGAUGUUGACCGCCGUGCCUGGAUUGCUGCAUCAUCAAAUGUGAGGCUCCAUGUGGAUCAUCUAGCCCAACAACACAAGUUACCAAAGGAUUUCUCUCUAGAAACUUACAAAUCCAGUUUGGAUACAUUUGCUGAGAGUGUGGGUAAACUAUAAGCAUGAAGAGCUGCACUGGCUGGCUUACUGACUGCCUAUCAGUUCAUUGCAUCUUUUUGAGAAAAUGUGUAGCCUAUCCUCCAAGUUCAUUGUUAGCAUUGAAAUGGCCCUAGAUAACGGGAACACUAUAUAUAACCCUUGUAUAAUAAUCUGAGGAGAAUUACUUGUGAGAUUGGCUGUUUUUCUUUCGUGGAACUGACAGAACAUACCGCAUCUACCUUUAGGAUUUUUCAAUCCAGAAGUUCAAAAAUACCUGUGGGCUGCAUUUUCUAUCUCGAUGGAUAUGGGCUUACGGUAGUGGCAGUUUGUCACAUCAAAUAGGGAAAUCUCCAUUUCUUGUUGCCGGUGUUCUUGCUGGCAUUGCUGGCAUUGCUGUAUUGUACUGUCAACGAAAGUUCACUAAAUAGACAGGUGUACCUCUGUGGAGGAGUUAUAUUCUAUUUGGUGAUCGCCAUGUGGAAUUUCUUAAUGACAACUUGUAUGCGAACUAGAGUCUAAAUUGUGAGCUUUGAUGUAACAUGCUAUGAUAUUACUGGAGGAUCACUUGGAUACUUUAGAGGCGUUUGAAACGUUCUCAGCGAGUUUGUCAUCCAUUUACCGAAGAGGAGUUUUAAUAUUAUUUUUGGUGCAA